AUGUCCUCUACUACCACAACAACACAGACAACGUCUCAGGUGGAGAUCAAGGCGGUUUUCAAGCCCCUUGGCAUGAGACAAUGGCACGCCCCCAAAAAGGCCUUCCGUCCCGGCUCCGGGUUGACCUCGUUCGAGAAACGCGCAAAGGAGAGGCAGUUGCUUGCGGCCGUCAAGGCUAAGGAGAAGGAGCUUAAGGACGAGAAGGAGGCUGAGCGCAAGAGACGCAUCGAAGCCCUCAAGGAGAAGCGGGCGAAGAAGGAGGAGAAGGAACGGUACGAGAAGAUGGCCGAGAAGAUGCACAAGAAGAGGGUGGAGAGACUCAAGCGCAAGGAGAAGCGCAACAAGCUUAUCAACUCUUGA